CUCUUCGACUCGCUCUCACACGCUCCGACUGGCGGAGGUGGGCAGCGAGCGAUGGAAAAGUACCAAACGAUGGGCGUGAUUGGCGAGGGGACGUACGGCGUUGUGAGCAAGUGUCGUGUGCGGAGUGGAGGACAAUAUGUUGCUGUCAAGCGAUUCAAAGAGUCUGACAAAGAUCCCCUUGUCCGCAAGACCGCCAUGCGUGAGGUCCAUCUCCUCAAGCUCCUCCACCACGAGAACAUUGUCCACUUGCUGGAGGUCUUCCGCCAGAAGGGCACCCUGCAUCUGGUCUUUGAGUACUGUGAGAGGACGGUGCUGGAAGAUCUGGACGCCAACCCGCAGGGCCUUCCGGAGGAUGAGGUGAAGCGAAUGGUUUGGGCGCUGCUGCGGGCGGUCGACUUUUGCCACGCACACAACGUGGUUCACCGAGACAUCAAACCGGAGAACCUGCUCAUCACCAAGCACGGCGUGCUCAAGCUGUGUGACUUUGGCUUUGCUCGCCAGCUCUCGGGGCCCGAAGCCAAGUACACCGAGUACGUGGCAACCCGAUGGUAUCGGGCGCCCGAGCUGCUUGUCGGCCACGACCACUACGGCGCCGAGGUGGACGUCUGGGCCAUCGGCUGCAUGUUUGCUGAGUGCCUCACCGGCGAGCCACUCUUUGCCGGUGACUCGGACCUCGACCAGCUCUCGUCGAUCAUGGACUUGCUCGGCAGCUUGCCGUCAGACCAAGCAACAGCCUUCUCAUCGAACCCUUUCUACGAGGGUUUUGACCUGCCAGACGCGCCACCGCCUGACCAGGCCCCGGGCCUCACUGCCCGCUUCCCCAUGCUCUCACCCGAGGCGCUCUCGUUCCUCUCGGCCUGUCUCGCGUACGAGCCGUCAUCGCGCUCCACCGCGGCCGAGCUCCUCAAGCACCCGUACCUGCGGUCGUGUGCGGAACGAUUCCACCGCGAGCAGCUCGCCGCCCUCGCUGCCGACGAGCGCGAUUCGGGCUACGCUGCGUUGCGCGCCCGGUCGCGAGCAUCGCGCAAGCAGCGGCCGCGGCGCCGGCAGCCGCCACCGCCAGCCACUUCCGCAGAGCCAGAGUCUGCGCUCUCGGUCUCCAACGCCCUUCCGCCCAAGCCGCCGCCAACCGCGCCAGCAGCUCCGAUCACGCCGUCGUCAUCGGCGUCGCGGCCGGGGCCGGCCAACGGCCGAGGCCGCCCGCGCUCGUCGUCGGCCUCGUCGCUCUCGUCGUCGUCGUCGACCGCAUCGUCGGCCGCUGCCUCGACGGCCAUUGCCGCCCGCGCCCCGCGCUCGCGCUCAGUCUCGCCGCCACCGUCGCUGCUCGAGGCCAAGCGCGGGCCCUCACCGUCGCUCCCGGUUCCAACCCAGGCCUCGCGGUCGACGUGGCUCCGUCCAGCCGCCGACACUGGUACAGGCGGGGGCGGCACAACCACACCCGGGCGCUCGAUCAACCGUGUCAACGUCGGCCUCGGUAUCAGCGGCUCGUCGCCGUCGACUUCGUCGCCACCACGAUCUAUCUCGCCCUCGCUCUCAGUCUCGGUCUCGCCGCGGCCGCUGGCCCGCUCGCCGCCGCCGCCGGUUCCACAGCGCGGCUCGCACCGACUCCGGCUUGAUCCCGGCCGCACCGUCGGUCCCGGAUCGGUCCCAUCCGUCCCGCCGCGCUACGCCACGCCGUCGGUCGUCUCGGCUGUCUCGCCCACGCCUCCCCUCUCGGUCACGCCCGACCCGGUCAUGGCCAAAAAGUGGGCCCCGCACCACGCCCGCCUUCCGCCAACAAUGACACUCCCGUCGCUCACACCCGGCAGCGACAACAGUCUCCACCCGGGAAGCGGCGGCGGCCAGGGCGCCACCUCGCCACUGCCGUCACUCUCGUCGUCGCCGCCGCGCAACACACUCUCGAUUGGGUUUUCCACCGUUUCGCCGUCGUUUACUUCGCCAAGCUUCUCGCACGGCCUCGUCUCUGGCCGGAGUGUCGGCUCGCUCAAGAGCAAGUCGACCAAGCCGGUGCCGUUCCGGUCGCCAUCGCGGACGGCCGGCUCGUGGCGGAAACGCAGCUAGCUGCCGCCGCGCUUGUCGAAUGAACGUAGUGUGAUAGUGGGGCCUAGUACGCGUCCCAC